AUGGCCACUCAAAGAGCCUCUUCAUCUACUUCCAAAGAUAUUAAGAAAACAAAAAGAGCCCAUUCAUCUUGUUCGGAAGAAGAUGAAAAAAUCGCAACAUCUUCCACAUCACCUCAAUGGAAACAUGAUGUUUUCCUUAGUUUCUAUGGUAAAGACACUCGAAAGAGUUUUACGGAUCAUCUAUAUGUUGGUUUAAAACGGAAAGGCAUUCUCGUCUUCAAGGAUGGUGAAACACUCAAGCGAGGAGAAUUCAUUUCUAAAGAGCUUUUGAAAGCAAUUCGAGAAUCCAUAUACGCAAUCAUCAUUAUUUCGAAAAACUAUGCAUCUUCCAAAUGGUGCCUCAUGGAACUUGCCGCGAUCGUUGAAUGGGCUAAAAAUACGGAGCUCACAAUUUUGCCCAUUUUCUAUCACGUGAAUCCUUCUGAUGUAAGAAAUCUAACAGGGUCUUUUGGAAAAGCUUUCGCUUCCCAUAAAAACAACCCCAAGGUUGGCGUCAAGAAGAUGCAGAAGUGGAAAAAUGCUUUUCAAGAAGUCGGCAAUAUCGUCGGAUGGGCUUUACAUGACAGGUACGAAUCAGCGUUGAUCCAUGAAAUUAGUGGAAAUAUAUCUCGUAAGUUGAAUUGUAGAUUCUCACGUCAUGAUUACGAGAAAUUUGUUGCUAUUAACUCCCGUGUAGAAGAAAUGAUGAACUUAAUGGAUAUGGAAUCGAAUGAUGUUCGCUUCAUAGGAAUUCAUGGGAUGGGUGGCGUUGGUAAAACAACUCUGGCCGAAAUAAUUUAUGAUAGAAUUUCUUGUCAGUUUGAAGGAAGUAGCUUUAUUUCUUGUAUUAGAGAAGAAUCUAGAGCUCGUGGUCUAGCUUCUUUACAAAAACAACUUCUUUCUAUGAUCAUGCAAGAAGAAAUACAUAUAUGGGAUCAUCACCAGGGAAUCAAGGUGAUAAGGAGCAUGCUGCGUAAUAAAAAGGUUUUUAUCGUCCUUGAUGAUGUGGAUAGUGAAAAACAAUUAAUGGCACUAUCAGGGAGUCAUGGUUGGUUUGGUCCAGGGAGCAGGGUGAUUAUAACAUGCAGAGAUAGUCAUCUGUUGAGAACACAUGAAGUGAAUGAUAUCUAUAAGGUUGAGCAGCUUGAAACUACUGAAGCUUUGCAACUCUUUAGUUUGUCAGCCUUCAAGCAAACCCAUCCAAUGGAGAAUUACAAGGAUCUAUCUAUGGACUUUGUGAAUUAUGCUCAAGGCCUUCCUUUAGCUCUAAAAGUUUUAGGUUCCUUCUUAUUUGGGAGAACAAUAGAUGCCUGGAAAAGUGCUAGGGAUCAACUAGAAGCAAUUCCUAAUACAGAAAUCAUGAACAUACUUAAAAUAAGUUUUGAGGGGCUGGAGGAUUUGCAGAAAGAGUUGUUCUUGGAUAUGGCAUGUUUGUUUCGAGGACAGUGGCUGGCAGAUAACAUAUUUUUGCAGACAUUAGAAAGUUUUGGUUAUUAUCCCGGCGUCAACAUUGACGUUCUCAUGGACAACUCCCUCGUAAGCAUCUCAAAUGGAAUGUUGUUCAUGCAUGAUUUGCUACAAAAAAUGGGCCAGGCAAUAGUUCGUCGCGAAUGCCUUGAAGAACCUGGACGACGUAGUAGAUUGUGUUGUCACGAGGAUGUCUUCCAUGUGUUGAAGAAUAAUACUGGAACUGAUGCAAUUGAAGCCAUAGUCCUGGAUUUUUGCCCUGAAACGAAUGAUAGAUUCAACACGAAAGCAUUCUCAAAGAUGAGGAAAUUGAGAUUUCUAAAAAUCCAUCAUUCUCCAACUAUAGAAUGGCGUGGAGAUCCUUUUGAAUUCAUGCCAACCUAUGAGUACUUGCGAUUCCUUGACUGGGUUGGAUAUCCUUGGAAAUCAUUGCCGAGCAGUUUCCAACCAAAAAAUCUUACAGUACUAAGCAUGCCUUGCAGCCGCAUCAAACAACUAUGGAAGGGGUUGAUGGUUUUAGACAAUUUGAAGUACAUUGAUCUAAGUUAUUCUAGGAACUUGAUUGAAACACCAGAUUUGACAGGAGCCCCAAAUCUUGAGAAAAUAUUCCUUCCAGGUUGUAGAAGCUUGUGUAAGGUCCACCCAUCCAUCGGAUUUCUCAAACGAUUAAAAGCAUUGAAUUUAGAUCAUUGUGAAUGUCUUAGAAGACUUCCAGACAAGUUCUGCUUGGAAUCUCUUGAAUUUUUGAGUCUUACAGAAUGUUCAAGACUUGAGAAGUUCCCAGAUAUUUUGGGAGAUAUGAAAUCUCUUGAGAGCUUAGUUUUUAGCGAGCCUACCAAAAAAGACAUGCCAUCAUCAUUUAUGAGUUUCUCCGGGCUUCGCUAUUUACAUUUACAAGAUUGCAAAAACAUUUCAAUUUUUCCCAGUUUUAUCUUUAGUUUAUCAUAUCUUGAGAGUCUUCGGUUGGAUGGUUGGUCAAGACUGGAGAAAUUUCCAGACCUGAGUAGGUUGGAAUGCCUGACGCAUCUAAUGGCACUGGGAACUGCUAUAACAGAAAUACCAUCCGUCCAUCUAAUCCCCAAAAGCAUCCGUUCCUUCCAUCUUGAAGGAAGAAAGUGGAUGCCACAUGAAUCAAGAGAUUUGCCCAUCUUCAUGAAUGACUGCUAUUUGUCAAAGCAAACCUCAGAUCAGUAUCAGAUGGAUGGCAUGUAUAAGUUAGACACAGAAUGA